ACAGGAUGUUGCAUCAGCCAGGAGACCCCAAGUGACCUUGGGACAAAGCUAAAAGGUUUGUAGAUCUCUGUCAAAUACUGAUAAAAAUAACUACUUUCAACUCAUAUGUAGGCUGGUACGCUUCCCACAUCAGGUGGUACAACCAAUGUAAAACUAGAAAAAUGUUAUUUUAUCAUAAAACUCUUUAUUUUUUAAAGAAGUGGUCUGUUUGAACUUCAUGACAAGGGUAGAAGCUAAUGCUAGCACCCAAACAGAAGCCUGUUUAAUUUGAGAUUAGUUGCAAUAGUCAGGUGGUGCAACCAGUUAGUCAGGUGGCAGAACUGCAAGGAAUGUCACUAUAUAAUGCUAUUCAAAGCUCUAAGAUUAUCCAUGACACUUCUAAAAUGUUUACUAGUUUUAAAUUUAAAGAUAUUACACACUUUAAAACAUUUCACAUGAUAAUUUGUACAUUUUAGAUACCACUAUCAACUAAAGAAAAAUCAGCACGACACAGGGCGCGCAUUAACAAUGAUCCAGCUGCAAGGGAAGCAUAUCUUGCAAAAAGAAAAGAGAGUUAUCAGAAGAGGAAAAGAGAGGGAAAAAUUGUGAAGCCCCCUAUCAGCCAACUGUCUAAGCAAGAAAAGGAAAAAAUGAGGCAACAGUGGAGGCAAGAUCAGAGAAAGCACAGAGACAGGGAAAGGGCCAUGGAGGAAAUCUUGAAUUUCAUACCCGAGUCAAUAGAACCCCCAGCAGAGCUUGAACCUAACCCUCCCAACAAGGAUGAACCUAACCUUGAACCUAACCAUCCCAACAAGGAUGAACCUAACCUUGAACUUAACCCUCCCAACAAGGAUGAUAUUGUCAGUGUAGAUACACUUAAGGCAUCUUCAACACCACAAAGAAAAGCAUGCAGUAGAUGGAAAAGAGAGAAAGCAAAGUUGCGCAGGAAAAUGCAAAAAAUGAAACGAGAAGUGGAAGCUGCCAAAAGAGAGUCUGAAAAGUUAAGAAAACGAAUAGAAAUAUUAAAGAAAAUGAAGCCUGAAAAGCAAAAGGCUAAAUCUACUGAAGGAAACAGAUCAAGUCCAGUGGCCAUCCAGAGAAAAGAAAGAGUUGUAGACUUCCUCUGUCGAGAUGAGAACAGUCGCUUACUGCCAGGGAGAAAGGACACAGUCACAAAAAACAAAAACAAACAACAGAGACGUGUAUUAGUUAAACCCCUCACUGAACUCCACCUGCAGUAUAAUUCUGAAGUGCAAAAGGCUCACAGGCUGUCUUACAGACAGUUUGUUCGAUAUUGUCCAUUUUUUGUAACGCAGCCAAAAUUAUCAGACACGAGUACAGGUGCGUGCUUAGACCAUGAGGAUGUCAAACUCUUGACCAAAAAACUGCACCAGAAAGGUCUCCUGAAAACUACCAGCAUGUCUCAGCUGUUGUCUUCUAUUGUAUGCAGUCCAGACAACAAGACAUGCAUGUAUCGAGUCUGCCCCAAAUGCUGUUAUAAUGAGAUUGAAAUUCCAGUACCACAGGCAGAAGAGACCAUGACAUGGCAUCAGUGGAUCAGAAAAUCCAUGUCAGAGGGGCCAAAAACAUACAUGAAUUUUGUAAAAGAAACACAAACUGGAACAUGUGCUGAACUGUUGAACAUUUUCAAUCAAAAGCUCGACAGCCUAGCCAAACACCACUACAACUGGUUGCGCCAAGCCAAAGAGUGCAGGGCUUUAAAAGAAAGCCUAAGAGAAGAUGAAAUUGUCCUCCAUGUGGACUUUUCAGAGAAUUUCUCCUGCAAACUUAAUAGUGAGGUGCAGGCUUUUCAUUUUGGAGGGAGUCGGAAGCAGGCCACAGUCCACACAUGUGUGGCUUAUACAGCAGCAGGCUCACAGUCCUAUGCAACCAUCACUGCAUCCCUUCGGCAUGAUGAGAGAGCUGUGUGGGCCCACUUGGAGCCAGUGCUGAGGGAUGUGAUCAAGAAUUGCAAUCCAUCUCCUACAAUUCUACAUGUGAUGAGUGAUGGUCCAGGCACCCAAUACCGCAAUAAAAAGAAUUUUUAUUUGCUCAGCACCAUUCCCUUCCUCUCAGGCUUCCGGCAGGUGACAUGGAACUUCUCAGAGAAGUCCCAUGGAAAAGGCGCCCCCGAUGGAGUUGGCGGUGCAGUGAAGCGCACUGCUGACUCUGCUGUCCAAAGGGGUGAAGAUGUCCAGACCCCAGAAGAUUUUUACAACCUCCUAACAGAGAGGAAAUCUGAUGUCAAGUUCUUCUGGGUGACUGAGGAGGACAUCAGAAGAUUUGAUGAAGCGGUCCCUGAGGUUGUGCCUCCUGUAAAGGGAACUUUGGCGUUGCACCAAUUAAUCUCCACUGAAACAGGGAAAGUCAUGCACAGAGAGAUCUAUUGCUUCUGUAGCAGACCAAAUAUCUGCCAAUGCCACAAUCCCAUAAUGGUCAACCUCCAUACAGUCAGUGCCUGGGCCAGUGGUCAGGCCAGUGCCCAUGAGAGCGCCUAUGAGAGCACCCAUGAGAGCAGUGAUCUAAAUGGAAAGUUUAUCAUGGUGAAUUAUUAAGGUCAGCCAUUUGUGGGGCAGGUCCUUCAAGUAGUUGGGGAAGAGAUUGAGGUGAGCUGCAUGCAGCAACUGGGAGGAAAAAAUGCAUUCACUUGGCCACAUCGUGCUGACAUCAUUUUUUUCUACGCAGCUGAAGUGCUCAAAGUGAUUGCAGAGCCAGAGCCUCUCAAUUCACGGCACACAUGGCUAAUGCAUUCAGACUGGGAAUACUUUAAUACACAAAACUGAGAUGAGAUAUUGUUUACCAAUGUUGACCCAACAUUUGAAAAUGUUCCGAUUUUGUUAAAAGCUACUUCACUGUUGCCAUUUAGAAUAGCAUUAUAGUGUUGUAGUGUUGUAUCAAAUGUAAUCUUAUGUGAAUUGUUUUUGAUGGGUUAGGGUUUAAGUCUUAGAAAACUUAAAUAGAGAGUGAUGACUAGAACACGUUAACUAUUUGAAAUGAAAAUGCAUUUUUUUCAGCAUAUUUCAUGUCAUAACUAAUGUUGUCAGGUGGUACAACCAAUAUUCGUCAGUAGGGAUGGGUACUGAUACCCGGUACCAUGACGGCACCGGUGCCGACGUAAACGGUAGUAACCAGACCGGAAAGCAACGCAGAUUUCGGUGCUUCAUUUCGGUGCCACUGAAUUUUUC